AUGGCUGCUCUGGACCACGACAGGAGGAAUAAGCAGCCUAGGCUGCUGACGGAGGCAGAGAGAGAUCGAUUGGAAGAGUUCGUGGAAGCAAUACACUACUCCUCGAGAUAUUCGGAUGAUGAAAACGAAUAUCGGCAUGUACAACUGCCUAAAGACAUGAUAAAAAAGAUACCGAAAGACUACUUCGACCCGUCCAAAGGCACCCUGAAAUUACUGUGGGAGGAAGAGUGGAGAGGAUUAGGUAUCACACAGAGUCUGGGAUGGGAGCAUUACGAAGUCCACGAACCAGAACCACACAUCCUUCUCUUCAAGCGACCCAUUAACUAUCAGCCACUGGUGCCACAUUAG